UCUGUGCGAGCCGCAGAGAGCGAGUGUUAAGUGUUUGGUGUGCGUUUGGUCGCUUCUUUCUUUCAUUCAUUCGCCGUAUUUGAGAUGGAUCGGAUUCACUACUCCUCGGAUUCUAGUGACGGAGAGCAGAACGCCUUCCGGGUUCUGGACUUCGGUCGCCUCGGUCUGGACACGGCGACCCUUGAGCACAACCUGAUCACGUUCUGCGAGGACGAACGGAAAUCCACAGGAAACGUAGAAGUGAUCUCUCUCCAUCACAACCGGCUUCAGCUGUUCCCCGAAAACAUCGUCAAGUUCAGCAACCUCCGCUCUCUGGACAUCAGCUCGAACGGACUGGCAAUCCUUCCCGAUGUUUUCGAGCAUUGCCAGCUGACCACGCUCAUCGCCAAGAACAACAGUCUGACCAGCGAAUCUCUGCCGAAGACCUUCACGGUUUGCCCGUCGCUGCGAGAACUCAAUCUCAACGGCAACCAUUUGAGCCACUUCCCCGAACAGAUCUUCGACUUCCCAAAUCUCAGGUACCUCUAUCUAGGCGGAAAUCGCAUCACCAAAAUCUCUAAGAACAUCGGUAAACUUCACAGCCUGCAGAUUCUCUCUAUGGGCGGAAAUUUGUUGAACGAAGUACCGGCAAGUCUCGGAACUCUGAAAUCUCUGCACGCUCUCAUCCUCUGCGACAACCUCCUGGAGAGUCUCCCGUCGAACAUCGCCAAUCUUCAUAAUCUCAAAUCCCUUAUGCUGCACAGAAACAAAUUGAGGACUUUACCACCGGAAAUCGUAGCUCUGAAGAAUCUCACCGAAUUGAGUUUGAGGGACAAUCCUUUGGUGGUCAGAUUCGUCAGCGACAUGACGCACAACCCUGCAAGUCUUCUCGAGCUUUCGGCGAGAGCUGUUAAAGUGGCCAGCAUCUCCGUGGAGGAAGGCGACAUUCCCAAAACCCUCUACUCUUACCUAGGAAGCGCCCAUCACUGCGUAAACCCCAGAUGCAAAGGCGUUUUUUUCGAUAACCGAGUGGAGCACAUCAAAUUCGUCGAUUUCUGCGGCAAAUACCGAAUCCCACUUCUCCAAUACCUCUGCUCCUCCAAGUGCAUCACAGGUGGUGAAGUGGAGGACGUCCAACCGGUGCGCAGCUACAUGAUGAGGAAGGUUCUUCUGGGAUAACAACGGACGAAAAGAAAAACGAGGAUCGAAUCGGAUGAGCUUUAGACUUUAGAAGAAGGAAAAGUUUUUGCGGCUAACGGAGGGCGGAUUA